UAUUUUGACAGCAUCGAAUUAUUAUGUCCAUCAGCUGGUUUCUGUUUAUAUGUCACUUUUUACGCGUGCGUGAGCUGUUUAGUUUCGUGCCACUCAGUACAGGAGUUGAGUAGGGAACUCUGUGCAGAUCCGACGAUGGAAACUCUUAAUGGAAUCCAUAUAAUUGACUGUAAAAGCAUCUGUACAAGCCCUUUGAAUGAGAUCCAAGACACGAACGAGUUCCAAGCAUUUGCAGAACGGUUCGGAAAUGGCUUAAAACGGAACGGUAUCGUUUACUUGAUAAAUACGGCAGUUGAUAAGACAGCGGUAUCCAAUUUAGAGCAAAAAUUGACUCAAUUCUUUCGGCUGCCAUCGGAAGUAAAAGAGACUUACCGUCCACAAACUUUCGGACUUAGCAAAUAUGGAUCUUGGGGAUGGAAAGGACCGUUCAAAAAAGUUGUUGCCGAAACGCUUGACUUCACCAGUAAUCCACGUUUCGAAGAAGACAGUUUGUAUCCGACAGAGAUCAGCGAAUUCAAGGAAGCGAUGAUGGCAUUCCGGAAGCAAUCCAAGGAUCUGAUGAUCAAAUUGUUACGCAGUCUCGGCGAAUACUUGGAAUUGGCAGACAAAGACUUUCUCAUCCACCAGCACCGAGCGUUCGAGGAAAAUUAUGAAAUGUCGAAAUGUUCCGUGCGUUCGGUGUAUUACCCCAAAGCGCUUCAUGAUCGCAAAACUUCCGUCCAACUUCGACUGCCGGAGCAUCAAGACUUCGGCACCAUCAAUAUGAUUCGUCAAAGUGCGGAAGGUGGAGGGUUGCAGGCAAAAUUAUACAAUAGAAAGUGGGUGGAUGUGCCGCACAUUGAAGACAGUUUCGUGUUGCUUGCAGCCAGAUGUCUGGAGAUGUAUAGCGGUGGAAAUAUUCCGGCCGUGUACCACCGCAUCGCCUGGACGAACAAAAGUGAAACGGAAGACAGAUUGAGCUUCGGUUGUUUCUGGGGACCGGACAGAGACACGUGCGUUCUGUCUCAAGUCGAAGAAAAUCCGAAUUGGAAGCCGGCCUACGCAAGGAUGCAGCCAGGCGAAAUAUUCGACGAUUACUACCACAAAGAGAAGCCAGGAUUUUUUGCCACAUCCAACAACAUCCGCAACCGAAAAUCGAAAACUUCCAAAAUGUUAACUGUUGAUCAAAAAAGCCUGUGAACCAAUAAACGACUGGUCU